UUCCACUAGAAAUUAUAGGUUCUUUCUGUUAAUGAGGUUUGUUCAUGCCAUAUCGUAAUGUUUAUUUGCUACUAGCAUGCACAGCUCGUAAUGUUCAUGGCUUCACAUUUGAUUCGCUAGCUGCAGUAAGCAUGAGAUUCUUGGUGGUAAUUAAGUCUUGCCAAUUUGUAGAGUAAAAACUAACAAUUUUAAUAUGCUAGACAAUAGCUUAGUUUUUUUUCCAUGAUCAGAAAAGGCACACAAGCAGUAUCAUUAAAAUGCUAGACAAUAGUUUAGUUUUUUUCUAUGAUCAGGAAAGGCACACAAGCAGUAUCGUUAAUAUGCUAGACAAUAGCUUAGUUUUUUUCCAUGAUCAGGAAAGGCACACAAGCAGUAUCAUUAAUAUGUUAUACAAACUGAGUUUUAUGUGCUGCAGCCUUUAAUUUCUGAUGGCUUCUUGCAGUAUCAUUACUGGUUAGAAAUGGAAGGGGUUUCAGCAAAUCCAGAACUUGUUGGAGAGAGUCAUGAGUCUAUGUCAACUGAUCAGUCAAGUCGGUCAUCAAAAAAAAGAGCUAAAGUUUGGGAACACAUAGAGUCAGAAGUAGUAGAUGGAAUAGAAAAGGCAAUAUGCAAAUAUUGUAGGACUCAGUUAUCUUUGGUCGCUGGGAAAGGGACAUCUCACCUAAAUAGGCACAUCGGAUACCACUGCCCUCAGAUUACACAAGAUGAUAGGGAUAGGUUCUUAGCAACCUUGAAGUCGAAGCCUAGUGAUGGAGACCAGGUCAUCUUUGAUCCUGUAGUUUUCCGAGGUCUAAUAGCAAAGUACUUCAUUAGUGCAGAGAUUGCGUUUCGCAAAGCUGAAGAUCCUGCUUGGAAAAAAAUGAUAAAUUAUUGCCAGCCAUCAUUCAGAGUAGUUGGUCGGCAAAGUGUUCGGGCAGAUUGCCUUCUGUUGUAUGAAGAGGAGAAGCUUAUGUUGAGUGACCAGUUCUCAAAGUUGAAAUCCCAUAUUAGUUUGACAGCUGAUUUAUGGUCCUCCAAUCAGAACUUGGGCUACCUAGGUGUUACGGCACACUUUGUUGAUGAGGAGUUUGAGUUGCAGAAAAAAAUCAUAUCAUUCAAACAGAUUUCUUUCCCACAUACAUCAUAUGCGGUGCAGGAUGGGAUUACCUCAUGCUUGGUAGAGUGGGACUUAGUUGGCCAGCUGUUUACUUUGACAUUAGAUAAUGCUAGUGUGAAUAACAGAGCAGUAAAGGACAUGCGUGAUGCUUUAGGUUCUGAGAUGUUCUUCAGAGGUGAACACCUACAUGUGAGAUGUGCUGCCCAUGUUCUGAAUAUUAUGGUCCAGGCAGGUUUAAAGGUCAUUCCUCAUUCAGUUCUUAGAGUGAGGGAUAUCAUCAAGGUUGUCACAUCCACACCAUCUCGGAUGCAAACUUUCAACACAAUUGUACAAACAUUAGGCCUCAAAGUGAAGUCAGGACUGGUUCUGGAUGUUCCACACCGAUGGAACACAAUUGUACGAAGCAUUGAAGUACAAGGUGGCUCUAAACAGAUAUGCAACUGA